AUGGAGACGAUGAAGGGCAGGAGGAGCCGAGGUGUGCGCUCCCGCAUUGUCCUGACUGCAAUCGCGUGGCUGCUCGUACACACGGUGCAUUUGUUCACGAUUGCCCCUCACAAGCUGAUUUCACCGAGUCGCCCGGGCUGGAAGGAUUCUCGCAAGGCACAGGUGACAAACUGGCACCCUUGGCGUGGUGGAGUUGCUUUGCGCGCCAGCCCGCAGCAGGACAGCGACCCGGAGGACUGGCUCGCCAAGAGCCGCCAGGAGGUGGAGGGGUUCAAGAAAGCUCAGGUUGCCAGGUGGACGGUGGGCUUGAAGCAGAUGACGAGUUCAUCCAGCAGACGGUGA